CCAAAAUGAAAGUGACGUGGGAUGAGAUGGAAAUGGAGAUCCUGCCGUAUAAGGAAGACCGCGGCCUGCGCUGCAAGGUGCCUGACGACCUCUUCCAGAUCCUCGAGGACAACCAAGUCAGCCUGGUCACCAUGAAGGCCUCCAGGUUUGUUGAGCCGUUCAAGAAGGAGGUGGACUGGUGGGAGAAGACACUGACCGUGGUGUUCGAGGUGAUCGAGGCUAUCCUCGCUGUCCAGAAGCAGUGGAUGUAUAUGGAGAACAUCUUCUUGGCUGACGACAUCCGUAAGCAGAUGCCACGUGAGACGGCAGACUUCGGAACUAUCAACAUCACCUGGCAGAACAUGUUGGCCAACAUGAAGUCCGACACGAUGAUCUUAAGCGCCACACAUAAAAAAGGACUGCUGAAAGAGCUGUCCGGCAUGAACGUGCGCCUGGAUGAGAUACAGAAGAGGCUGGAGAUGUAUCUGGAGACGAAGCGGCAGGCCUUCCCCAGGUUUUAUUUCAUCUCCAACGACGACCUGCUGGAGAUCCUCGGUCAGUCCAGGAACCCGGAGGCCGUGCAGCCUCACCUGAAAAAGCUCUUCGACAACAUGAACAAAGUGAAGAUGGUGAAGAGUGCGUUGCACAAACUGGAGGCGCUGACCAUGAUUUCCGGGGACGGAGAGGAGGUGGACCUGAACCACCCGAUCUGCCUGGAUGGCCCGGUCGAGGCGUGGCUCAAUGAUCUCGAGACAGCCAUGCAGGAGACGCUGCGGACAAUCCUUCAGAAGUGUCUGGCGUCGCUCAAGAAGAACCUGAGCAAGCGGGACCGCUGGAUCAAAGAAUGGCCCGGACAGCUGUGCAUCACAUCGAGCCAGAUACAAUGGACGGUGGACACAACGCGAGCUCUACUGCUGGUCAAGGACCUUGGUGAGAAAAAGCCUCUCAAGUCUUUUCGCAAGAAGAUGAUCAACAUGCUGAACAAGUUUUCGGAGGCCAUUCGCUCCAAUCUAACGGUGCUGCAGCGCGUGAAGAUUGUGUCGCUGGUCACCAUCGAGGUGCACGCCCGUGACGUUAUCGAGAAGCUCAUCAAAGCCGGUGUGAACGACGUGAACGCCUUCGAGUGGUUGUCGCAGCUGCGGCUCUACUGGGACAAAGACGAAGAAGACUGUGUUGUCCGCCAGACCAAUACGCAGUUUUUCUAUGGAUACGAGUACCUGGGCAAUUCGGGUCGACUCGUCAUCACGCCGCUGACCGACAGGUGCUACAUGACGCUGACCAGUGCACUGCACCUGCACCGCGGAGGCAGUCCCAAGGGCCCAGCGGGCACGGGCAAGACUGAGACGGUCAAGGAUCUGGGCAAGGCCAUGGCUGUGUUCGUGAUCGUCCUGAACUGCUCUGAGGGGCUUGACUACAAGAGCAUGGGCAAAAUGUUCUCAGGUCUGGCGCAAACUGGCGCGUGGGGAUGCUUCGAUGAGUUCAACCGGAUCAACAUCGAAGUGUUGUCGGUAGUGGCGCAGCAGAUUCUGAGCAUACUGCAGGCACUGUCCACGCAAGUAGAGCAGUUCAUGUUCGAGGGUCAAGAGAUCAAGGUGGUCUGGUCGUGCGGCAUCUUCAUCACCAUGAACCCCGGCUACGCCGGCCGGACGGAGCUGCCCGACAACCUCAAGUCCAUGUUCCGCCCGAUCGCCAUGGUAGUGCCCGAUUCGGCGAUGAUCGCUGAGAUCGUGCUGUUUGGCGAGGGCUUCAACAACACCAGGAACUUGGCCAGGAAGGUGUUCACGCUGUACACGCUGGCAUCGCGCCAGCUGAGCAAGCAGAGCCACUACGACUUCGGCCUGCGCGGUCUGAUCGGGCUGCUGCGCUACGCGGGCCGCAAGAAGCGCAUGUUCCCCGACAUGAACGACGAGGAGGUGGUUAUAACGGCCAUGAACGACAUGAACCUGCCGAAGUUGACGUCGGACGACUCGCCGCUGUUCGACGGCAUUGUGAGCGAUCUGUUCCCGGGCGUGGAGACGCCGCCCCUCGACUACGGACAGCUGUUUGAUGUCAUCAGGGAGCAGCUGGAUGCCAACGGCCUGCAGCCGACGCAGUACAUCGUGAAUAAGGUGAUCCAACUGUACGAGACCAAGAACUCCCGCCACUCUGUGAUGAUGGUCGGCCAGACAGGAACAUCCAAGACAUCCAUCUGGUGCACCCUAAAGCAUUCACUAACAGAGAUGGCCAGCCGGGAGGUGGAAGGGUUCGUCGCUGUCAAGGAGUUCGCGCUCAACCCGAAGGCACUGAACCUGGGAGAGCUGUACGGCGAGUUCGAUCUGGGCUCGGGCGACUGGAAAGAUGGAGUGCUGUCGGCCAUCAUGCGCGUCACCUGCGCCGAUGAGACGCCCGACCAGAAGUGGAUUCUGUUUGACGGUCCCGUUGACGCCGUCUGGAUUGAGAACAUGAACUCAGUGAUGGACGACAACAAGGUGCUGACGCUCAUCAACUCGGAGCGCAUUGCCCUGCCCCCACAGGUGUCCCUGCUGUUCGAGGUUCAGGAUCUUGAUGAAGCUUCUCCAGCCACCGUCUCCCGAGCCGGCAUGGUGUACACCGACUACAAGGCCAUCGGCUGGAGGCCCUUUGUCGACUCCUGGCUCAAAAAAAUCGAGUGCAAACAGACUACGGCGGAGCUUCAGAAGCUGUUCGACAAGUACUUAGAAGAUUUUCUGGAGUUCAAGCGGCGCAACUGCAAGGAGCUGAUGCCGAUUGUAGAGCUGAACGGUAUCAUAUCACUGUGCCGUCUGCUCGACUGCCUCUGUACGAAGGAAUUCGGCGUAGAUCCGGCCGAUAUGGACUCUUUCAUCACAUGCUCGAAGCUCUGGUUCAUCUUUUGUCUCCUGUGGUCGGUGGGUGCGUCGGUGGACGAGGAGGGGCGCAAAAAAAUUGACAACUACAUGCGCGAACUGGAGGGCUCGUUCCCCAACAAGGAUACCGUGUACGAGUAUGCCGUGGACUACAAGCACCGGAGCUGGAGUCCGUGGGAGAACAGACUUCAGUCCAACUGGAAAUACAACCCCAAUGUGCCCUUCUACAAGAUUCUGGUCCCGACAGUGGACACAGUGAGAUACGAGUAUCUGCUGCGUACGCUCAUCGCCAAGCAGUACCCAGCCAUGCUGGUCGGGCCCGUCGGCACGGGCAAGAGUUCGCUAGCCGUCAGCGUGAUGUCCCAGCUGGACGUCAAGAAGUUCACAGUGCUCCCGGUCAACAUGUCGGCACAGACGACGUCCAACAACGUACAGGCCAUCAUCGAGAGCCGCAUGGAGAAACGCACCAAGAACGUCUACGUGCCGCAGGGAGGGAAGCGCCUGCUGGUGUUCCUGGACGACCUGAACAUGCCGGCCAAGGACACGUACGGCUCGCAGCCGCCGCUCGAGCUGCUCAGACAGUGGAUGCAGUACGGCUUCUGGUACGACCGCACCAAGCAGUCGUCCCUCUACAUGCAGGACGUGUUGCUGGUGGGCGCCAUGGGUCCACCCGGCGGUGGCCGCUCCUUCAUCUCUCAGCGGCUGCAGGCUAAGUUCAACCUGGUUAACAUGACCUUCCCGCAAGAGUCCCAAAUCAUCCGCAUCUUUGGUACCCUCAUCACUCAGAAGCUGUCUAAUUUCUCCGAGGACGUCAAACCGCUGGGCGAUCUGGUAACGGCGGCCAGCAUCGAGAUGUACCAGGCGGUCAGCGCGAACAUGCUGCCCACGCCCGCUAAAAUACACUACGUCUUCAACUUACGGGACAUAUCCAAGGUGUUCCAGGGACUGCUCCGCUCCAACCGCGACUACUGCGACACCAAAAACGCGUUUGUCCGCCUCUGGAUCCACGAGUGCCUCAGAGUGUUCGCAGACCGUCUCGUCGACUCGAAAGACAUGGAGUGGUUCAUGGGACUGAUGGGUGAGAAGCUAGGCUUGCACUUCGAUCAGACCUUCCACGCCCUGUGCCCCAGCAAGCAACCGCCAAUAUUCGGCGAUUUCAUGAACGCCAAUGAGACUUAUGAGGACAUCGUGGACAUGGAAUCUCUGAAGACCUACAUGGAGGCGCAGCUGCAAGAGUACAACAGCACAGCCGGCGUUGUACCCAUGAGCCUUGUGCUUUUCCACGACGCCAUCAGCCACGUGUGCCGCAUGGUGCGCGUGCUCAGACUGCCGCGAGGAAACAUGCUGGUCAUCGGUAUAGGCGGCAGCGGCCGCCAGUCGCUGGCUCGGCUGGCCGCCUACGUGUGCGGACUCUCCGUCUUCGUGAUCGAAGUGAAUAAGCACUACCAUAGGGUGGAGUUCCGGGAAGAUCUGAAGGUGCUGUACCGCACCACCGGUCUGGACAACAAGCCCACCGUUUUCAUCUUCAAUGACGCCCAAGUGACCGAGGAAACGUUUCUGGAGGACAUCAACAACAUAUUGAGUAGUGGUGAAGUGCCCAACCUUUUCAAGCCCGAGGAGCUGGAGGAGAUCCGCAAUACACUGCAGCCCGUGGCUAUCCGAGAGGGCAUCCCAGAGACCCCCGAAAACCUGUACGGCCUGCUGCUGGACCGGGUCAGGUCCAACCUGCACCUCUGUGUCUGCAUGAGUCCCGUGGGCGAUGCCUUCAGAAACCGCAUCCGCAUGUACCCUGGGCUGGUGAACUGUUCGACGAUUGACUGGUUCGGCGAGUGGCCGCUAGAGGCGCUGAUGGAGGUGGCCGAAAGAUACCUGGAGGGCAUCGAUCUGAACCUUGGCGCUGACACUGAGCUGCUCAAGGAAGAGCUGCAGGCGGCCGUAGCGCACACCUUCUCCGUCAUCCACCGGUCCGUGACGGACUACUCGGCCCGUAUGCUGGCCGAGAUACGACGCCACAACUACGUCACAUCCACUAGUUACCUGCAGCUGGUGGCCGGCUACAAACAGCUGCUGGCAGAGAAGAGGAAGGAGCUGGGGGAUGCGGCUAACAAGCUAAGGAACGGCCUACACAAGAUCGAUGAGACAAGCGUCAAGGUCGAGUCUAUGUCCGUCGAGCUGGAGAUCGCAAAGGGCAAAGUGGCUGAGUUCCAGCAGCAGUGCGAGGAGUACCUGGUGGUUAUCGUGCAGCAGACCAGAGAGGCGGACGAGCAGCAGCGAUCCGUACAGCUCAGAUCCCAAAAGAUUGCGGAGGAGGAGGAACAGUGCAAGGCGAUGGCCGAGGUGGCGUUGGCGGAGCUACAGGAAGUGCUGCCCGUGCUGGAAGAGGCUGUCCGGGCGCUAGACGCUCUUUCAAAGCGGGAUCUGAACGAGAUCAAGUCGUACGCGCGGCCGCCGCCGCUGGUGGAGAAGGUGAUGGAAGCCGUGAUGCUGCUCAAGUGUGUGGAGCCCACCUGGGCGGAGGCAAAGCGCCAGCUGGGAGACCCGAACUUCAUCACCCAGCUGCGCGACUUCGAUAAGGAUCAUAUUAGCGACAAGACGCUCAAGAAGGUGGGCGGUUACGUAGCGCAGGCCGACUUCGAUCCGGACAUGGUGGGCAAGCAGUCGCUGGCCGCUAAGUCGCUGUGUCUCUGGGUGCGCGCCAUCGAGUCUUACGGCCGCGUCUAUAGGGUGGUGGAGCCCAAGAAGAUGCGGCUGUUGUCGGCUGAGCGUAUCCUGGCCGAGAAGCAGAAAAACCUUGCUGAUGCCAAGGCAAAGCUGCAGGAGCUCAGCGAGAAGCUGGCCAAGCUGCAAACAGAGUACAACGAAAAGCUUGCCCAGAAGGAAGAACUAAGAAUUAAGGCUGAAGGUCUGGAGCUGAAGCUGGAUCGCGCGGCGAAAAUCGUGUCCGGUCUAGCCGGCGAGAAGGUCCGCUGGACGCAGACUGUGAAGGAUCUGGAUGAGAGCUUCGGCUUCUUGGUGGGCGACUGCCUCAUUGCGGCCGCUUUCGUCUCCUACAUGGGGCCGUUCACCUCCAAUUACCGUGACGAAAUCAUCUCCAACAUCUGGCUGCCCGAGGUGCGCGGUAAGCUGGUGCCCUGCUCGCCUACGUUCGAGCUGCGCGAGUUUCUGGCCAAGCCGACCGUCGUGCGCGACUGGAACGUGCAGGGCCUGCCGUCCAACCCCUACAGCGUGGAGAACGGCAUCAUCGUCACGCGCGGCCAGCGCUGGCCGCUGCUCAUCGACCCGCAGGGCCAAGGCCUGCGCUGGAUCAGAAGCAUGGAGGCGAAACAUGACUUGAAGACAAUUGACCUCCAGCAGAGCAACUACUUGUCCGUCCUGGAGCGCAGUAUCACCUUCGGCUUUCCAGUGCUGCUACAGAACGUGCAGGAGACGCUGGACGCCUCACUCAACCCCAUUCUUACCAAGUCCGUCAUCAAGCAGGGCGAUCGUCUGUUUACGAAGCUCGGCGAUAAGGAGGUGGAAUACAACCCGCAGUUCCGGUUCUACAUCAGCACAAAACUCUCCAAUCCACACUACCCGCCGGAGAUCGCCACCAAGACCACCAUCAUCAACUUCACCGUCAAAGAGGACGGCCUGGAGCAGCAGCUGCUGGGCAUCGUGGUGAGGAAGGAGCGGCCGGAGCUGGAGGAGCAGAAGGAUACACUGGUCACCAACAUCGCCGCCGGCAAGGUCAAACUGAUUGAGCUGGAAGACGAGGUGCUCAGACUUCUGAAGACAGAAGGCUCACUCCUGGAGGACGAGGCGCUAGUGGUGACUCUGCAAUCCUGCAAGACGACGUCGGCAGACGUCAUCGAACAGCUGGAGACGGCCGAGGAGACUGAAAUCAAGAUUGACUCCGCUCGAGAGGCGUACCGGCCGUGCGCGCGACGCGCCUCCAUAUUGUUCUUCGUGCUGACUGACCUGGGCAAGAUUGACCCGAUGUAUCAGUUCUCACUGGAUUCGUACGUCGACCUGUUUACGCACUCCAUCGACAAGUCGCAGCGGAGCCCCAAAUUAGAGAACCGCAUCCAGAACAUGAAUGACUUCCACACCUAUGGCGUUUACAAAUACGCCUGUCGUGGACUCUUCGAAAGGCACAAGCUGCUGUUUUCGUUCCACAUGUGCAUAAAGAUGCUGGAGAGCCAGGCCGUCGUCAACGGGGACGAAUACAUGUUCUUCCUCAAGGGUGGUGUGGUUUUGGACCGAGAGGAGCAGAUGGAUAACCCUUGCCCAGAGUGGCUGUCGGACUCGGCCUGGGACAACGUGACUGAACUGGAGCGGCUGGCCAACUUCCACGGCGUGAUACAGUCGUUUGAGCAGGGGCACCGCGACUGGUACGCCUGGUACACGUCUCCGGAGCCAGAGAAGGCCACGCUGCCCGGCGAGUGGGACACCUCCUGUUCGGAGCUGCAGCGGAUGAUCUUCGUGCGCUCGCUGCGCCCGGACCGAGUGAACGUCUGCGUGACCACGUUCGUCGUGCACAACUUGGGCCAGCGGUUUGUCGAGCCUCCCGUGCUCGACUUCCACGGUGUGCUGGAGGACUCUGCCGCCAAGACGCCGCUGAUCUUCAUCCUCUCGCCGGGAGUGGACCCGACCACGGCCCUGCUCCAGCUGGCUGAACAGAACGACAUGAUGGAGCGCUUCCACAGUCUCAGUCUGGGUCAGGGUCAGGCACCCAUUGCCACACGAAUGCUGGAGUUGGGUAAGCGCGACGGUGGUUGGGUGUUCCUGGCCAACUGUCACCUGUCGCUCUCCUGGAUGCCCGAGCUUGACAAGAUGGUGGAGGAGAUCCAGGACGGCGGUGCUCACACCGAGUUCCGGCUGUGGCUCAGCUCCAGCCCGCACCCGGACUUCCCCAUCUCGAUCCUGCAGAACGGCAUUAAAAUCACCACCGAGCCGCCCAAGGGUAUCAAGGCCAACAUCAAGCGGCUGUACCAGAACAUGACUGAGGCACAGUUCACGCAGUGUCCGCGCCAGAGUACCUACAAGAAAUUGCUCUUCUCUCUCUGCUUCUUUCAUUCCGUGCUGCUGGAGCGGCGCAAGUUCCAGCAGCUCGGCUGGAACAUUUUGUACGCUUUCAACGACUCCGACUUCGAGGUGUCCGAGUCACUCCUCAACAUUUACCUGCGCGAGUACGAAGAUCCUCCGUGGGACGCGCUCAAGUACCUGAUCGCCGGUGUCAUGUACGGCGGCCAUGUGACCGACGACUGGGAUCGGCGCCUGCUUAUGACUUACAUCAACCAUAUGUUCAAUGACGAGGCGCUCACCGUCACCUACUACAAGCUGUCGUCGCUGCCGUAUUACUACAUCCCGCGAGACGGCCACCUCUCCUACUACCAGGACUUCAGCAACAGUCUGCCGACCGUAGACCACCCGGAGGCGUUCGGUCAGCACCCGAACGCCGAUAUCGCCAGCAGCAUCGGCGAUGCGCGCACCCUCUUCGAGACGGUGCUGUCGCUGCAGCCGGCAGUGGCAUCCGCCUCCGACGGACAGAGCUCCGACGACAAG